AUGGAGCGCCGCUUCACCUGCUUCUCUCAGCUGCCCACCGAGCUCCGGCUCAAAAUCUGGAGGCACUGUGAGGCGCGCACCAGAGUCACUGAGCUCGACGUGCCAAUCAAGGAGAUAGUCGAAACAGACUGCGACAUCCACCACGUCUCACUGCGCAACUGCAGGCAGCCCGCCUUCGCCCGGUCUUGCCGCGAGGCCCGCCAGGUGGCCUUUGAAGAUGGCGGCUUUCUCUGGGAAACCCCGGAGACUAAGAGCAUCCCCGGCUUGAGCGCCUUCAACCGCAUCAGAGCUACCUGGUUCUACCGCCAUUCAGACAUUGUGCAUCUGAACUGGAACGACGCGUACGGUCUGUAUGGAGAUGACCCGUACUCGAUGUCCAUCCUCAAUGCCUAUCGCUCUGUGUCGCGUGCCGUCUCGUUCAUGGCAGACGCAACCGUGGGUUUUGACUGGAGCGGGAAAGCGCCAACUUUCUUUCGCCCAAUGUUCGACUCAUCUGUGAACACAUUUCUAGAGCCACGAAGGGAGUAUGUAAUAUGUCUAUCGGAAAUUGUCAUACAUGCUACCAUGGAGCAAGUCCGGGCUUCGGCUACGUUCGAGUGCCUCGAAACGCCAGUCCAGAUUCUCGACCCGUUUGAUGACCACAAAGCCAUCGCUGCAUUGCAUCAACUGUGGAAGAAGGGGCGCCCGGGCGACGCGAAGCAAGCAGACUACACAGAGAUGUUUGACGCACUUCUGAACCCAGAAUUAUUUGCCAAGCUACUGGCGAAAUGGAGGGAGCUGGUGGAGAACAACUGGCUUGGCCAUGUCUGGGCGGGCGAGGCUGAGAAGGGGACGCUGAGCGAGAUCGAUAUGGUGGAAGAAGUUUGGAGAUGGCGAGAUUCAAUGAGACCAGGGAUUCCAUCUCCUCCUGUCCUUGAUCCAGAACUGGUUGACGAAGAGCUGCAUCGGUUCAACCGCUCGCACCCGUGGGUAGUCAGUACGCUGGAAGCAAUGCCUAUCUUUCGGCCAACGGUGAUAUUUCGACACUGCGAGAGGCGGUGUUUUUGA